AUGGGGGAAUCUUCAGCUUGUCUAUUCAGAUCAUUUUCUCAACCAUCUCCUACAUCCCCUAAAGAGGAGGAUCCUAUUCGUCGAGCCCUUACAUCAUCUGUUUCAUUUGGGAGAUUUGUGUCCGAGUCACUGGCAUGGGAUAGAUGGUCAGCUUUCAAUCAGAAUCGCUAUUUGGAAGAAGCCGAGAGGUAUUCUAAACCCGGUUCUGUGGCCCAGAAGAAAGCUUACUUUGAAGCUCAUUACAAGAAUAUCGCUGCCAGGAAAGCUGCUGCGUUGCUUGAGCAACAAUGUCCCGAAAAUAUCAGUAGCCCUGCGGGGAAUAGAAUGAACGAAAGGGACAAUGAUCCUACUGCAGCAAUGGAUUUAGCACAAGAAAGUCGUAGUGAGCAUACUGUGACUGCAGAGAUACAUGUAGAAGAGAAUCAACUUAGUACAGAUGUCAUCCUUUCUGUUGAUACAGAGGACCAAAUUUUGCCUCAUGAAUCCAACAUGGAAACUGAGGGAGUAGAAGAGAAAAGACUUAGUGCAGAUAUCAUCCACCCUGUUGAUACAGAUCACCAAAGAUUGCUUCAAGAAUCGAACAUGGAAGCUGAGGGAGUAGAAAAGAAUAUACCUAGUACAGAUGACUUACUUUCUGUUGAUAAGGAUCAUCAAAGGCUCCCUCAAGAAUCAAACAAUGAUACUGAGAGAGAAGAAGAGAAUAAGCUUUAUACAGAUGUCUUGCUUUCUGAUGAUACAGAUCACCAAAGGCUGCAUCAAGAAUCAAAUAUGGAAACUGAGGGAGUUGAACAAGUCAUAGGACACCCACUUUUCACAGACAGAGAUGAUCAAGUAGAUGAGGGAGUUUGCAAGGAGAAGGAGAUGAAGGCAACUCUCCAGGUUCCAUCUACAUUGGGAGAUUCAGCUUCCUUGGACAAGAAUGAAGCCACAUUACCUUCUAAAAAGCCAUCAACAAGUGAUCAUGGAUCAAAGUUUAGAUCUGUUGUCAAGCCACGCAUCCCUGUUUAUCCUAAAAAAGGGGGCCAAAUUGGCAUUCCCAUCAGCAAGAAAACAUCAAAUUUACCUAUCCCCCAAGCACUUCACAUGUCAAUCAGUUUUACUUCUCGUGCAUUUAGUAAUACCAAUAAAACGUUACCUUCUGUGUCACGGAAGAUUGUUGACUCAGUAAUUCACAAACCAGUGGCAUCUGCGAGUGACGUGUCGCGUCUCAGAGUAACUCCUCAACCAGAAAAUAGCAGGACUAAAACUCUGAUGUGUCAAUCAGUCUCCGGAAGUAUAUCAAGGUUCGAAAAAUCCAACUCAUUGUUACUAAAUGGAAAUUUGAAACAACCAUGUGGUAGCAGAGUGAAAUCUCCAACUACUAUAUCUUCUUCCUUCAGCUUAAGGAGUGAAGAAAGGGCUGCUAAACGUAAAGAGUUCUUCCAGAGGUUAGAGAAGAAGCUGAAAGCGGAGGCUGAAAAAGAACCCCUCCAAUCAAAACAAAAGGUUAAAGCAAAUAGUUGUUCCAAUGCUGCUUGGAGGACUAUUUCUUCCCAGCAUGAUGACGCAAAAGCUAGCUCCAAUCCUUCAACAAACCCAGCAAGUACCGUCACAAAAAAGGUCUCAACCCGAUCUUAUACACCAAAAAUGGAAAAAAAGCUGGCUUCUGAAGCACAAGAUACUAACUGUAAACCACCAUGGAGAUUCUCAAAGAAGAAGACUGAUAGCUUCAUCAGGGAUGCGCCGGAAAAGAACUAUAGCAAAGCAACUCCAAAGAAGACUAGGACUAGUGAAAAUACUUCUCCUAAUAUCCAGAUUUCCAUGUAUAAAGAAUGCCUAAAAACGAAUGCUAGCAAGAGGCCAAUGAAAAAUUAA